UUCACUUUAUGCAGUGUGUGUGAAGCAGUUUUUAUUAUAUUAACCUGUUCAGAUCACAGCAACAACAUGAGGAUUAUUCAGCUUCAGCUCUGUGUAUUAAUGUGGUGUCAAGCUACAGAGACUUUAUAUCAACUGACUGAUUUGGGACAAAAUGUGACUAUAGACUGUGAUCUGGAUGAUGAGGACGUUUAUUGGAUUUUACAGAAACAAUCAGAUUCUCCUACAGUGAUACUGCACUCAUUCUCAAACCCAACAUUUGCUUUUCACUUCAAUAAAACAUUGAAAAACAAAUAUUCAGUACAAUCUAAACACCGUCUGGUCAUAUAUAACGUCACUGUAGAUGAGUUAGGAGUUUAUUACUGUAUGAAUAAAGAUACACCUCCAAAACUCAGUCACAGCACAAGACUGAACAUCAUUGAACCAACUCAACUAACUGAGUUCAAUACAAGUGAGUGCAAGAAUCACACAAAUGUAACAGAACAGAACUCAACACAAUGGAAGACUUUCACUCUCAUAUCGGGUCUGCUGAAUGCUGUUCUGAUCAUUACAGGAUUCUUAAAUGUUGUUACUGUUGUAAAUGGAUGUUGGAACAGAUCUGGAAACAGUUCACAACUUUAUAACACUGAACUGCAGCAGACGCAACAUUUAAAAGAGCCUCAAGAACCAAAUCAAUUACAGUAUGUGACAGUGGUUUUCCAAGCUGUUUAAAAUAUUAAGACCAGCCAGAUCAACAGCACCUACUGUAUGUUGCUAAAAAGCUGCCAAAGUAAAUCUGUAUUUAUGUUGUAUAAUAUGGAUCAUUCAUUGGUUUAUUAAUUAAUAACCUAACUUGUUUUUUUUAA